UAGUUGGUUCUGCUUCAUAUCUGGUCUCUUACUUUCUGCAUACUUAGAAACAUCUUUUUCCAUCUCUUUCUCUCGCUUGUUUGAAAUUUUGAAUAAUCAUGGCCUUCUGUGGUGGAACUUUUGUUAAGCUAAACUAUUCUGUGUCCCCAUGCCACAAAUACAAAGCUCCAAGUCCAUACCAUAGCUACAGAAACAAGGUUGGCGAAUCACAUUUCUGUGUGAGAGUUUCAGCAAGUGGCUCAGCUGAUGAGGAGAGGACUAUUAUAAAGAAAGAGAAAGAUGGGUGGAAGAUCAAUUAUGCAGGAGAGAAACCAGCAACUCUAUUGUUGGACACAAUCAACUACCCAAUUCACAUGAAGAAUCUGUCAACACAGGAUCUGGAGCAACUUGCAGCAGAGCUGAGGGCAGAUAUUGUACACACUGUGUCAAACACUGGUGGGCAUCUUAGCUCAAGCUUGGGAGUGGUGGAGUUAGCAGUGGCUUUGCAUCAUGUUUUCAACACACCUGAAGACAAAAUUAUAUGGGAUGUUGGCCAUCAGGCAUACCCACACAAGAUUCUCACAGGUAGAAGGUCAAGGAUGCACACCAUUAGGAAGACUUCAGGGCUAGCAGGCUUUCCUAAAAGGGAUGAGAGUAUUCAUGAUGCUUUUGGGGUAGGACACAGUUCUACAAGCAUAUCUGCUGGUCUUGGCAUGGCUGUUGCACGAGAUCUAUUGGGAAAGAACAACAGCAUCAUUUCAGUGAUUGGAGAUGGGGCAUUGACAGCAGGCCAAGCAUAUGAGGCCAUGAACAAUGCAGGGUUCCUUGAUUCUAACAUGAUAGUUGUACUUAAUGACAAUAAACAAGUCUCUUUACCAACUGCCACACUUGAUGGGCCUGCAUCUCCAGUCGGAGCCCUCAGUAGUGCCUUAAGCAAAAUUCAAGCAAGUGCUGAAUUCCGCAAACUCAGAGAAGCUGCAAAAAGCAUCACAAAGCAAAUAGGAAAACAAACACACCAGGUUGCAGCAAAAGUAGAUGAGUAUGCAAGAGGUAUUAUAAGUGGUUCAGCCUGUACAUUUUUUGAAGAGCUUGGCCUAUACUACAUAGGUCCUGUGGAUGGUCAUAAAAUUGAAGAUCUGGUCACCAUCUUUGAAAAGGUGAAAGCAAUGCCUGCCCCAGGUCCAGUUCUGAUUCACUGUGUCACAGAAAAAGGCAAGGGAUAUCCCCCAGCAGAAAAAGCAUCUGAUAAAAUGCACGGGGUUGUCAAAUUUGACCCAAAAACAGGCGAGCAGUUUAAGGCAAAAUCCUCUACACUUUCAUACACCCAAUACUUUGCUGAGUCUUUGAUAAAGGAGGCUGAAAAUGACAAGAAGAUAGUGGCCAUUCACGCAGCAAUGGGUGGUGGAACCGGCUUAAAUUAUUUCCAUAAAAGGUUUCCCGAGCGCUGUUUCGAUGUGGGGAUAGCUGAACAACAUGCUGUAACAUUUGCAGCUGGUUUAGCUGCGGAAGGGCUCAAGCCAUUUUGUGCCAUUUAUUCAUCAUUCUUGCAACGCGGAUAUGAUCAGGUAGUCCAUGAUGUUGAUCUUCAAAAGCUACCUGUCCGAUUUGCUUUGGAUAGGGCUGGUUUAGUUGGAGCAGAUGGACCAACCCAUUGUGGAGCAUUUGAUAUCACUUACAUGGCAUGCCUACCCAACAUGGUGGUUAUGGCUCCUUCUGAUGAAGCUGAACUGAUGCACAUGGUUGCGACCGCAGCAGCUAUAGAUGAUAGACCAAGCUGCUUUAGAUUUCCAAGGGGAAACGGAAUCGGAGCCACUCUGCCACUAAAUAACAAAGGAACCCCACUUGAGAUCGGAAAAGGUAGAAUUCUGGUAGAAGGCAGUAGAAUUGCCAUUUUGGGAUAUGGUUCUGUGGUCCAACAAUGCAGGCAAGCCUCAGAAAUGCUUAAAGAACUCGGCGUUGAUGUGACAGUUGCCGAUGCUAGAUUUUGCAAACCUCUGGAUACUGGUCUCAUUAGGCUAUUAGCUAAAGAGCAUGAAAUACUCAUCACAGUGGAAGAGGGUUCUAUUGGUGGUUUUGGAUCGCAUGUUUCACAAUUCUUGAGCUUAUCUGGUAUCCUAGAUGGACCUCUAAAGUGGAGAGCAAUGAUGCUUCCUGAUAGGUACAUUGAGCAUGGAUCACCCCAAGCUCAGGUUGAAGAUGCAGGGCUUUCAUCAAAGCACAUUGCAGCCACAGUCUUGUCUCUUAUGGAAAGGCCAAAACAAGCUCUUCUGUUCAAAUAAAAAUGCUAAAUGGAAUAAGGAUCUUGACCUGGGACCUGGAAGAUAUAUCAAAUUCUUAGAAGACUUUUUAUGCUGAAAAUGAGAAUUAGAGGAAGCUGUAAAUAACUGCACUAGAAUUGUUGGAGUAUACAUCUUGGGAUGCUCACAUAUUUUGGAUUCUUAGGUCAUCAUUAGUGAGUAAAGAGAUGAAUUUAUUCUGUAGGAACCAAUCAAGGUAUUGUAAUGUAUCUAAAUUAGUUAAUUAUAUUACUGUAAUUAACAAAGCACACAAGUCUUCUAAAAUCAUGCAGCCCAAUGAGCAAAAUUAAAUACGCCACUUUCUGGUACCUAAACAAUCUUUCCCUUACGUUAGUCAUGAAGUUCAGCUUGUAUCACAACUUGUGACAAUGCUGGUUUUCUAUUUUUAUUAAUAUGUUUCAAUUUGCCUAUAAAAAAAAAUAAAAUAUAGUCAUGAAGUUUAUGGGUCUAAA